UGUUGUUUUGUUUUUGAUAAUUGUUUUGGUUGUUUCAUCUUCCUUUGAGCAAUCUGACCAGAAGUAGUUGAAUCACUUGCUGCAUUUGAAUUAUUCUUUUCCUUUUGUACGAGUUGAUGAACCUCAUAAGAUGAUAAAGCAUGUCUUUGAGGAGCUUCGUUGAUGUUUCAUAUCAUCCUUUUAUCGUGAGCUGGUGGAUGAGAACAGCCAGAAUUUUACAUCCUUCAAGAAACUGUGUGUCUUUUCAAGUGAAGUCACUGGACUUCUGCUAAGGGUACUCCACCAUACUGCACGUGCCUACAUAAUCUAAAAGGUGACCGAGAAUAGAAGGGAGAGGGAGAUUAGUUGAAUGGACAAAAUAGAGAAAAUGUAACAGAUUAAUUUGGUGUUUUUGGUUGGGUUUGACUGAAAGAAAAAGGAAGGCAAUUGGUCAUGGACUGUCGGAACUUAAUUUCUCACCAGUUCUACCAUCCAGGUAUAAGUCAGAUCAAGAAUGCUGGAGUUGCAUUAUCAUUGCGUUAUGGAUUUAGAAGUUCGAGAAUCUCCUUAAUUCGAAACCGUGAUGCUUUUGCUGUCCAAGGAAAGGACACCCGUCUUUCCCAUGUCAAGGGAAACCUCAAUAGAGAUGGAGAGUCUUUAUCAAAAUCUCAAGCCACUGCCAAGAAAGGCAUAGCGUUAAAUAAAAAGAAGGGAAAGAAGGAGCACCACUUUUGGCAGAGAAGGGAUUCAGCUGGGUCUGGUCAAAAGGCUCUCAAUCUUGUGAGAAUUAUUUCUGAUCUUCCCCAUGAGAAAGAGACUGUUUAUAAAGCAUUGGAUAAAUGGACGGCUUGGGAGGUGGAGUUUCCCUUGAUUGCCGCAGCAAAGGCUUUGAGGAUAUUGAAAAGUAGAAGUCAAUGGCUGCGUGUGAUUCAGGUUGCAAAGUGGAUGCUGGGAAAAGGUCAAGGAGCAACAAUGGCAACAUAUGAUACCUUGCUGCUGGCAUUUGAUGUGGAUGGGAGGGUUGACGAGGCUGAAUCAUUGUGGAACAUGAUCUUGCACACGCAUACGCGCUCAAUCUCAAAGCGGUUAUUUUCUAGGAUGAUCUCUUUAUACGAUCACCAUGACAUGCAAGAUAAAAUAAUAGAGGUCUUUGCGGACAUGGAAGAGUUGGGUGUGAAGCCAGAUGAAGAUACUGUCAGGAGAAUAGCGUGCGCAUUUGGGAGACUUGGUCAAGAAGAAAAGCGGAAGCUGUUCCUUAAAAGAUACCAACGUAAGUGGAAGUACAUCCAUUUCAAUGGGGAGCGAGUUAAAGUGAGUCGGCAACCUUUGGAGGAAGAUGAAUAAAUCAUUUCUAAAAGCAAGAAAGAGGAUGGUAAUAGCAAAACCAUCUUCGUAAAUAUGUUCUGGCACAUAUACUGACGAUAUAACUGAUCUGGUGGGAGCCCUUCAUCUUUGCAAAUUCGAUUUUUUAGCCUCUUUUCUCAGAUCCUGCUAAUUCUUUUUCCCCAUGAAGGUACAUACAAUUCAAAAAAAGUAGCCAUUCCAUGUUUAAAAAUCGAAGAUAGCCCAGUAAUUGUGUUGGCUUAUGUUGUAUAUAGUGGUGCUUGGAGUCACACCAUCAGUGAGAGCGAAUCACUCAUUUUUUUCAUCCUUCUUGUGGAGGUCGAAGCAGAAAUUAAGACUGAACUGCAGAAGUAAUUUGUGUUGAUUAUGUCAAUUUCGAAGUGGAUGUACUUUUGUCCAGGAACCUUAUAAAGUUGGCUCUUGUCCCUGUAAAUUCUCAGAGAUUCUAGUUCAUCACAGUAUAUUCAGUGCUCAGGUGGAAGUGACUACCUUGAUUUCUUUCUA